UGCAAAAUCACAAAAUCACAAUCACAACAAACCGGCACCACAAGUAUGGAAAACAAACCAGAAGUUUGCGACCUUCCAGCCGAAAAUAUUGAGGAAUUGGAGCAGAUUCACAGAAAAGAACGGAAAGACCUGCAAGCCAAGAUACAAGCACUGAAAAAGUCGUGUGCGAAGGGCGACAAAAAGAAAAAGAAAGAAGUGGCGGACGAAAUCGCCAAGUUGGAGGCUGACCUGGACAAAAAACAAGAGGAAGAAGUCAGGAAGAUUACAAAUUCAAAUUCUUCAGUUGAGGAAAUUUCGGAAGAAGUAGAAGCUCUUGGCAUAGACAGCGCUGCCGAAAAAGCUCCUCCGAGGCUGACAAAGGCCCAGAAGCGACGGGACAAGAAGGCUGAAAAAGAUAAAGAACGGGAGGUUUUAAUUGCACAGCAAGAGGUGGAUAAUAAAUUGGGUCCAAGGCACAGAGAACAGACGAUAAUCCAACAGCUGCUUCAAGCCAGAAAACUGCGCUUAUUCGAAGUACCAUCCAACGGGGACUGCUUGUAUUUGGCAAUCGAGCACCAACUUAAGGAGUUGAAUCGGCCACUGAAGAAGGUGGUGGAAUUAAGAAGACUUACAGCCGAGUACUUGCGGGCCCACGAAGAGGACUUACGACCCUUCACUUGCAAUCCAACAACUGGAUGUGAAUUUUCUCCUGAGGAGUAUUCCUCAUAUUGCGGAAGAGUUGAAAGUGACAGUUCAGAGUGGGGCGGUCAACUUGAGUUGCAAGCCCUGUCCGAAGCUCUCUCUACACCAAUCGAGGUUCUCCAGGCGGAAGGAGCCCCAGUUUUGCUGGGAGACAAUCACCGUCCUAAACUUCCCCUCGUCCUGACCUACCACAGGCACGCCUUUGGUUUGGGCGAGCAUUACAACUCGGUCACUGCAGAUGAAAGAGAAUAA